AUGCCUUUCAACCCUUUAACAGCGACGGCGGCAUCUCUCCAGGAGAGAUUAAGCAACGGUUUCAUUACCAGCAAGGAUAUUGUGGAGCAAUAUUUGGGCCAAAUAGAACGAUAUAAUGGAUAUUUGAAGGCUGUCAUUGCUACCACUCCCGAAGAUCUGCUCUACCAGCGAGCCAGUGAGCUCGAUAGCGAGCGUGCCAGUGGCUCUGUCCGUGGACCUCUUCAUGGAAUCCCAAUCCUCGUCAAGGACAACAUCGCGACAGGCCCAGAAUUAGCACUUCCAACCACGUGUGGCAGUCUCGCACUCGUCGGCUCAAAACCACGAAAGAAUGCAUCUCUCAUUGAUCGGCUUGUAGCUGCCGGCGCAAUCAUUCUAGGCAAGGCCAACCUCUCGGAAUGGGCGUGGUACAGAUCCGACUUGGCCGAUUCUGGCUGGUCUGCCGUAGGUGGCCAGACUCAGUCCCCAUAUGUUCGAGGCGGUUUCCUCGAAAAUGAUACUAGUGGUGGCCACAGCAACCCCGGUGGCUCUUCCUCGGGCUCUGCUGUCGCGGUCGCAGCGGGCUUUUGUCCUGUCUCGAUCGGCACUGAAACCAUGGGAUCUCUCAUCAUGCCAAGUGACCGAGCGGCUCUUUAUACAAUCAAACCCACAGUCAAGCUUAUUUCGCAAGAUGGGAUUAUUCCAGUGAGCCACGAAGCUGACUCUGCUGGCCCAAUGGCCAAAUCAGUCCAAGAUCUUGCGGAUCUUCUCGAUGUUCUUGUGGACUCAGAAAGAACGAAUAUACCUGAAGGCGGCUAUCGAUCCGUGGUUAUUGGAUCUUGGGGAGACAUUAGGGUCGGUGUCGUAGAGCCGGAGGAGUGGUUGUUCUCGCAUAAGGUUGAAAAGUAUGAAAAACAAGCAACGGAUCAAAUGUCCGCCUACGAAAAGCUCAAGACCGUCGCCAAGGAAGUCAAGCCCGUGACCCUGAUAUCGAUAGAAGAAUCUACAGAAGACGGCAAGAUGGACAUUUGGAAAGCGUUCGAUACAACUUUCAGCUCCCUCCUCAGAGAGUAUCUUGCUAGCAUUGACGACUCCAAGAUUCAGACCCUCGAAGAUCUUAUUGAGUUCAACAAGGAACAUGCCGAACAGGAGCUUCCACCUAGUGCCGAUAACCAGGCAGGGUUAAUUAGAGCCCUCAGUGCCAACAUGUCGGAUGAUGAAUAUCAUAAGCUUGUCAACUUUGCUAGAGAUGCUUGCGGCCGUCGAGGUAUUGACAAAGCGCUCGAGGAGAAUGGUGUGGAUAUUCUUAUGGGUCCAGGAGAUGGGCUACUGUUCCAAAUUUCCGGCACAGCAGGAUAUCCCGGUGCAACAUUGCCCCUAGGGUAUCUGGAUUUCAACGGAAGACCCUUUGGGAUGCAGAUUAUCGCCAAAGCACACCAGGAAGCUCUUUUGAUUCAAGCCCAGAGUGCAUGGGAGGCUACCUUCCCUGAACGUCACCCGCCAGCACUGGGCGAGUCAGUUGUGGAAGGGUAG